AUGAAAGCCAACAAGAAACAAGUCAAAGAAAUAUACAAAAUCUUCAACCAGUAUAUUUUUUCUUCACACAAGACUAUUCAGGCAGUUAUUGCAGGGCAAGGAGAUUGCUAUAAUGAAGAAGUUGAACAAGCAAUGGCUAAAAUGGAUAUUUCUUCUGACAAAGAUGAUACUGAAGUAGUAGUAGCAGCCGCUGCACUAUCUGCAGUGCAGAUUAAUGUUUUGUCUACUGAUGACAUUUUCUCUCGCAAGCUCAUUGGCACUGGUGGAGUUGAUAUUGAGGAGGAGGAGGCCGGAGAUAAUAUUACCAAGGCACUGGUGAUGAACACCAAGAAGAGUCAAAGUGGUAAAGGGAAGUCUGCAGAAGUAGCUACAGUUCUCGACAUGAGCCUCCUACGUAGUCACAUUGAUGGAUCUAUCACAAAACCCAAUAUCACUAUUGAUCCCUCCAGCGCUGCAAAUUGGGAAGUAAACAACAAAGCAAUUAUAGGAUUCUUACAAAAUAGGUCUGCCGAUAACAAGAAAGAUCUUGAGAAGUGUGUGACUGCAAAAGAUGCAUGGGCUAUAUUGGUACAGCAUCACAAACAAACAGGACCGGUGUUGCAAAUCCUAUUGAUACAACAGUUCCUUGACAUCAAAUACAACCAUGUUAAAACUUAUUCUGACACUAGCAGAUGCCUCUCUGAUUUUGCUCGUUGGAUCUUUGCUAUUGGAAUUCCAGACAAAGAGACUUUCCUCACCAUAGGCAUGCUCAACGCUCUCUCUGGUGAGAUGACACAUAUCCAUGAUUUUGUGUCCUCCAAACUUUCCAAAACCAACCAUACAUUCAAAACUAUUGAUAUCUGCCAACAACUUGAUCUUGAACAGCAAGUUCAAUGA